UGAACGAAAAGAAAAUCUACUUAUAGAAAAUUGCUUUGUUAGACCGUGGUCUCAAACUCGAACUCUGAUUGCGCGUACUGAUCCGAAAUAGCCCAUCUAUCUAUCUUUAUAUGAUGAACACAAGGUCUAUCUAGGACGCAUCUAGAUGUUCACUCUGUUUGUGAUCUAUUUUAUUUUUUGUUUUAGUUUUUUGUUUUGUUUUUUGUUGCUGCAUUAUAUAUAUGUGGGAGUUUAGAUGUAACAUCUUUAAAAAACAUCUAAAUGUGAAUUAGACAAAGUGUAAACACAACCAUAGGCCCAGAAUCAUCAUCCCUCGCGCGUACGUUCUCGUCUCCGCGGCUCGAACGAUUCAGGCCAUGGCGGCCAAGAGAUACGCGAACGUCCCGGUCUCACGGCUCGGACGAUUCUGGCCUAGGCGGCGGAAAAUGAGGAGGAGGAUCGGCAGGUCACGCUCGAGGUCCUUGCCGCCUUACCUUCCCGACGCCGUCAUCUCCAACAUCCUGUCAUGGCUCCCGUCCAAGUCAGCCAUCCGAUGCAAGGCCGUCUGCAAGGCCUGGCAUGCCAUGGUGUCCGAUCGCCACUUUGUCAGCGAUCACCUGGAGCGCUCCAAGGAACGCCCAGCGGUGCUCCUACUGCCUUGUGCGUACUCUAGACGGGAACACAACGUGCUCAUGUCCUUGUGGAUAGAUUUCUACUACAACUCCGGCGGCGGGGAUAUGACAGAACUGAUGUACCGCGAGCACAUCCCUAAAAGCAUCGGGCAAUGUACUCUGCCUUUGCACUGCGAUGGGCUGAUCCUCACCUCCACGCUGGACCAGGAGGUCAUGGUCUGCAACCCGGCGACCAGGGAGUUUGUCACCUCGCCCAAGGGCAGCCAUAACCUCAAUAAGCGCCCUAGGGUUGGGCUCGGUUUCGACCCAAGUAGUAGCAAGUACAAAGUGGCAAGAUUCUUCUACCAGGUAGAAGACGGAAAAACAUCUCAACCGAUCUGCAGGUUUGAGGUGCUCACGCUGGGCACUGACAACGAAUGGCGACGAACCGUUGAUCCACCGUACCCGAUUAUGGGGGUAACUCCGGGCCAUAUGCGAGGCGCUAUUUACUGGGCGGUCGAUCUGCCGAGCGCGGAGCAUCCCAAUGCGUUCCUCCGAUUUGAUCUAGCCGACGAGAAGUUCGGUCUUACUCCGUACCCUCCUUGUGAGCGCACGGAGCCGACGUACUUCGUUGAGCUGGAGGGCGAGCUGUGUUGCGCUUGCUUUACCGGAAAGCAUCUCGUAGAAGCUGAGGAUGUUGUGGAGAUCUGGACAUGCGAUGGAACGGGGGCGCCAAUGUGGGCUCUGCGCUGCACCAUUCCGAUCCCUAAGGACUCCAUUGUGCCGUACCCUGCUGGGGGUUUCACGAUUCCGACCGUCAUGUUUCUGGGGGAGCACUUGCUUCUCAUGUGUGACCACAAGUUGCAGGAGUUCUGCGUUUGAACUGGGGAGAUGAAAGAGAUUGCUGGUGCUUUCAAGGACCGGGCGUACUACGAUCCACGGAACAACGAGUACCAGAUGUUUUCGGGAAAGGAUGUGGAAUUCUUUACUACUAACUAUGCCCAGAGUUUAGUUCCGAUAAGAGGAUAUGUAUAAACGUCUGGUACUAUUAGGGCAGAUGCAGAGGGCGCCAGGACUGUUUUACUGGCCAUUCGACGGUUGCAAUCUCAGUUUAGUUCCAACUAACAAAUAUGCCUGUGCGUUGCAAUGGGAGACAAAAAAAAAUUAUGCGCUGGCUAAUAAGUAUGACUCAAUACCGUGACAUAUAUGAGCAUCCUCUAUUUUAACAUGGUGGCUUGCCAUGUUGCCAAUUAAUUUUCUUCCCACCCUCGCUAACGAUGGUCGCGAUGUCAAGGUGAUCACAAUGCAUUCGACGUGGUAAAUCCCAAGGCUAUGAGUUUGCCAUUGCACGUCACACUUGUCAUUAUGUUGCGCAAGUGAAUGUUUAAAACUUUGAGACAAAUCUCAUCAAUCAUGAACUACUCCCAAUGCCUAGCCAUAUAAAAACAUCUGAAAAACUAAUAAAAUCCUAGACAUAAAGACUUU